AUGCGUAUCGGACCAUCAUUCGUCGCUCUGGCCCUUGGGGCUGGAUCGCCCAUCCUGAACAGUGGCUUGUUCGCUUCCGCCAGCCCCGUUCCCGCGGCGGUCGACACUAGCCCCGCUCCCAGCCCCAACCCCGGAGCGUCCAACGAUGGCACUUUCGCACCCACGUCUCCACAGUAUGCGAGCGCUAAUGAGCGUCACGUCCCUUCCACAGCUGCUCACGGCACUACCUUGCGCCUGACCCAGCGCGCGCUGGCCGGUCUCGGCAUCGACAACAAGUGAGUAUCUCGUGUCUCCAUAUGCUACACCUCUUCACAGCAUGCGCUGACCAUCGAGCCCAUCUCGCGCGGUUCUAAACAGCCGCGAGGACCCCCUUCUCACCGGAGACCUUGACCUCAGCGGUCAGUCCGACAAUGUUGCUGAUGCCCAGCUCAACCUCUGCGGCCUUCUUGGAAUCAACUGCAACGACAAGCCCACCGUCACUACCACCGCGACCGCUGUCGUGAAGAACCCCGCCAAGAAGCCGACCAAGUCGUCCUCGAAGCCCAAGAAACCUUCGACCACCAAGAAGACUACCCCAAAGAAGAGUGGCACCUCCGCCAAGAAGAUCACUGGUGGUAAGGUCCAGGUGGUGAGUCGUUGCCUCCAAGAAGGAUAGACCGGUGCUCUCUAUUGACCACGCGCCGACGAUGAUCUUCCUGUUCGUGUUGCAGAACGACAAGCACCACGCCGAUGGUGGAAGCGCCAAAGCCGGCAACGGUGGUCAAGCCAACGGCGGCAAUUCCAACUGCUCCACUUCGGGAAGCAUGAUCGGUCUCAACGCUCUCAACUUCAACUCCUGCAACGGCGGUCAGGGCGGUGAUGCCAGCGGAGGCAACGCGACCGGCGGAGCCGGCGGCUCUACCAGCAACAAUCUCCUGAAGCGCUCCACUUCUGCUUCGAUGAACAAGUCUGGUCUGGCAGCUGCUCAGCAAUUUGACAAGGAGAAGCCCGAGUCUACUUCGUCGAUCGCUGCACCCUCUGCUAGCUCCACGCCAUCGCCAAGGCCCAUCACCGAGCGGGACACCGACGCCGAGGUCACUUCAAACAGCUUCGACGCUGAGACCAUUGCCCAGCGUGACGUAAAUGCUCAGGUCCAGAACGACGGUCUCGACUCUCAGAGCUUGCCCAACGAGUACAGCACCCCUCACCGUCAGCAGUAUUCGCCUCGCGACGUCUCCGCGUCGUCGACUCCAGAGGGGAUCCAGGCCGUGGCCACUCAGCAACAGCAAGCUCGCGACGUCUUUGCUUCGUCGACCCCAGAAGGCAUUGAGGCUAUCGCUACUCAGCAGCAACAAGCUCGCGACAUCGCUGCUACCUCCACUCCCGAAAGCAUCCAAGCCAUCGCCACUCAGGAGAACACGGCUCGUGGUAUCCUCGACAAGCCAGCCCAAGGUCUGGCUCGCGAGGCAGCUUUCAAGAAGCUUCUAAACAACAACCGCAUUGGUCUUCGCGACAUCGCAGCUUCGCAAAACUCCCAGGGCAUCAGCGCAGAGGCUAACCGUAACGGCACUGACGAAGAGCCUACUCUUGGCGAUGACCUUCUCAGCGAUGAUCAGCCCGAGGACGGUGAAGGUCAAGGUGACGAUGACGAUGCGGCUGCACCCACUUCAGAGCGUCGCGAAUUCGACGCUACCGCCACUGCUGACGAGCUUCAAGCUCGCGCACAUGGUCACGGACGUGGAGGCAACGGCGUGAGUACAGGGCUCCGUAGUGGCUAUCUUUCUUGAAUCCAUCCUUACACUUUUGCGUUGAUAGAAGAGCGGCCACGGCGGUAAGGCCAACGGUGGUGCUUCUGACUCUCACGUGCACGCCAAGAAGUACGGCGUCCACGGCGCUGACGUGAGCUCGAACAACGGUGGACACGGUGGGUCCGCCAAUGCUGGCAAGGCCACUGGCGGCAAAGGAGGUGCGACCAAGAAGCAGACGAGCAAGACCGGACACCGCGCUGCUCUUCACAAGGGACCAAUCGUCAAAGUCACCCGCGACGUGGACGCUACCGCUAGCGAGGACGAUUUUGAAGCUGGUCUCGCUCAGCGUGACGUUGCUUCUUUCGAAGCCAGCCACUCUCCUAGUGCUGAUGACUACUCGCUCGAGACUCGUGAGAGUCACGAGGUCUCUGCCGUCGACAGCCCUGAGGGAGUGCAUGCCAUCGCGGGUCGCUCCACUGCCAUCGACUACACCUCUGAGGACCACGGAGUCAAGGCUGCUGAUCAAGCAACCGACUCUGCAGCUAACGUCGAGCGCCGCAGCAACGUGAGCACCGGUAUUCGUACUGGCGCCAACAAGAACGGUCGCGUGACCAUUGCCAAUGCUGGAAACGGAGGCAACGCUCGUUCCGGCAACGGUGGUCAAGCCAACGGACAGGCCAACGGCAACGGAUCUCACAAUGGCGUUCAUUCCGGGUCUCGCAAAACCUCUUCGCACCCAGCGUCGAUCGGCAAGAGCACCAAGAAGGCCACCCACAGCGCCAAGAAGAACACUUCUCACAUUGUUCACAAGACGGCUACUCGCAAGCCUUUGGCUACCGUCGGCGGUGACGACAGUCUGGUAGAGAUCGACCUGCGUAUGCUCAGCGAGCUCUUGUCCGAGGAGCAGUUCGACUUCCUGUCCAACUCUCGCAAGUCCAACAAGAAGUCUGUACCAGCUAGCGUCAACGCGGGUGCAGGCCACGGCAUCGCUCACGCCAGUGGUUCUUCCAACUACGUCGGCAACGGCAAUGGAAGCGGGGGUAAUGGUGGCGACGCUCACUCUGGAAAUGCUACCGGCGGUCGCGGCGGUGACGCCGUCGUCAACCAGAAUUAG